UCUGACCUCUUCUAUGAACAACAAAACCGUGAUGAAGGCGACAGGAGUCAGAACACUAUUCACUGCAGGAAGCCCCAGUAUCCGGUAAGAAGUAAGAAGUACAACAGUACAGGAUGCGCCUUGGGUCAGGGGGAUGUGAAAGCCCUCAGUCUUUGUGUUCCUCCCUGGGCCAGAGCGUCUGCGUCUGAGCCCUCGGUUCUCCUCGGAGCUCAGCUCGCCUGCGGCUGUCACCGCAGGGCCACCAGCCUCCCGCCGGGAGGGACGCGGCGCCAUCAUGGCCACCUGCGCUGGGCUGCCGCUGCUGCUGCUGCUGAGGCUGCUUCUGGGCCAGCCCCGGGCAGGGGCCGGCGCUCACAGGGAGGCCGCGGUGUGCGCGGGCAGGGCCUGCUACACUGCGCACUGGGGCAAGCUGAGUGCGGCCGAGGCCCAGCUUCACUGCAGCAGGAACGGCGGCAACCUGGCCACGGUGAGGACUGAGGAGGAGGCCCGGCACACCCAGCGAGCCCUCACCCAGCUCCUGGAGUCGGAGGCGCCCCUGGCAGCUCGGAUGGGCAAGUUCUGGAUCGGGCUCCAGCGCGAGAAGGCCAAGUGCUUGGACCCCAGCCUGCCGCUGAAAGGCUUCAGCUGGGUGGGCGGUGGGGAGGACACGCUUUACACCAACUGGAACAAGGAGGUCAGGAGCUCUUGCAUCUCCAGGCGCUGUGUGUCCCUGCUGCUCUAUCUGUCCCAGCCGUCCCAUGCCAGCCACCUCCCCAAGUGGUCCGAGGGCCCCUGCGGGAGCCCGGGCUCUCCGGGAAGCAACAUCGAGGGCUUUGUGUGCAAGUUCAGUUUCAAAGGCAUGUGCCAGCCUCUGGCUCUGGGGGGCCCAGGCCGGGUGAACUACACGACCCCGUUCAAUGCCACCAGCUCUUCCCUGGAGGCCGUGCCCUUCGGCUCUGCGGCUACUGUGGUCUGUGGGGCCGGGGAAGCUGGUCAGGAGGAUUACUUCAUGUGCAGGGAGAAGGCCCCCGAUGUGUUCGACUGGGGCAGCUCGGGCCCCCUCUGCAUCAGCCCCCAGUAUGGGUGCAGCUUCAACAACGGGGGCUGCCAGCAGGACUGCUUCGAGGGGGGUGACGGCUCCUUCCGCUGCGGCUGCCGGCCGGGCUUCCGGCUGCUCGACGACCUGGUGACCUGUGCCUCCCGGGACCCUUGCAGCUCCAGCCCGUGCCGGGGGGCAGCCACCUGUGUCCCGGCACCCCACGGGAAGAAUUACACAUGCCGCUGCCCCCAGGGCUACCAGCUGGACUCAAGUCAGCGGGACUGCAUGGACAUGGACGAGUGCCAGGACUCCCCCUGCCCGCAGGCCUGUGUCAACGCCCCUGGGGGCUUCCGCUGUGAGUGCUGGGUGGGCUACGAGCCCGGCGGCCCCGGGGAGGGGACCUGUCGGGAUGUGGACGAGUGUGUCCCGGGCCGCUCGCCCUGCGCCCAGGAGUGCACCAACACCGACGGCUCCUUCUACUGCUCCUGCGAGAAGGGCUAUGUUCUGGCCGGGGCGGAAGGCACCGAGUGCCAGGACGUGGAUGAGUGUGCGGACACGGAGAACAGCCUUUGUGAUAGCUUGUGCCUCAACACGCAGGGCUCCUUCCGCUGCGGCUGCCUGCCGGGCUGGGAGCUGGGCCUGGACGGGGUCUCGUGCACCCCGGGCCCCACAUCCCUGGCCCCACUGUCUGGGCCUCCCCAGGGGGAGGAUGCAGGAGAUAGAGAGGGGAAACUCGUGCAUUCUGCCACAAUGUCCAGGCCCACCAGGGACCCUGAGGGCACCUCCAAGGAGGCACCCACCGCAAAGGGACCCUCCCUCCCACACAACGCCCCCGUCACCCUGGCCGCACCCCACAUGCCGGCUCCCAGUGGGCCCCCUGGUGUCUGGAUGGAGCCCAGCACCCAUCACCCCAUGGUCACCCCUGGCCGUCGGGAGAAUACAGAGGAGGAUUUCACCGCCAAACAAAGCGAUGAGGGCACCGACGGACAAAAGCUGCUGUUGUUCUACAUCCUGGGCACCGUGGUGGCCAUCUUACUCUUACUGGCUCUGGCUCUAGGGCUACUGGUCUACCGCAAGCGGAGAGCAAAGAGAGAGAAGGAGAAGGAGAAAAAGCCCCAGAACGCAGCUGACAGCUACUCCUGGGCUCCAGAGUGAGCUGAGAGCAGGGCUUUGGAGAAUCAGUACAGUCCGACGCCGGGGACGGACUGCUGAAGGUGAAACGGCCCCAGAGACACUGACAAUUGGCUACCACCAUCCUCAGAGCUUUACACACCCCGUCGGAGGGCGGGGGGGCACAUCCUUCCAAAAGACUGGACUGGAAUCUUAGCAAACAGUUGUACACAUUCUUAAAGGCCUGGCCACUUGGAAUAUACAGGUAUUUUCUACGUGUGUGUGGUAUUCUUGAAGUGGAUGCAAUGGGUUGGGAUGUCAUUUUGGGAAUUUUGUGAAUAUUAACAAUUCUCACUCACUUAUCUUGUCAAAUUCAAAUGUGACUGAUUUCAUGUCUGCCGCUGGUUCUGGAUCAAGGGCUUACAAGUCAGGUGCUAAUGGAACUCCUUUUGAACUGCUUCUCUGCUCACUGGAAUCAUCUAAGAAGAAAGGGUGGUCUGCUAAUGCUAAUUAGGAUUGGAAUGUUUCGUUCCUCUUGGUAGAACAGAGACUAAAUCAAUUGUUAAAUUACGUAAGAAGCUUUUUUUUUUUUUUUUUUUUUUGGUCAAAAGGAACAUAUUCAGGACUGGAAACAUCUCUUUACAUUUGCGUUCAUGCAUUUUCCCAUCACAAGCCCUGCUGAGCUUUAUAGUUGGAGUCCUGCAGAAAGACCAGAGUACACUGAUCUGUUUAGGUAGCAAGGAUGCUGGAAGUUUAGAAAUUGCAUUUCCUAGUUCUUAGUGUCUCUAAUAGUCUUGGGUUUAUUUGCAAGUGAAGUCUGGAAAGUGUGGGAGAAGUAUAAAGUGAGUUGAAAGCUUUUUUGAAAGCACGUACUCCAAAGAGCUUGAGAGAGAAACCUGGGGUUUGUUCCACAAAUACUUGAAUCAAUCCAUCUAAAUGCACUUGCAUUAACACACACUGACUAUUGAUGAGGUGAACGCACACAAGGAUAAAAGCUGGAGACAUCUCGUCUCUGGGUGAGUGCAGCCCCGAGACACCUCCCAUGCCACCUGCCUUCCCUGCGUGCUGUUCUGGAUUUAAAUGCUCUGAUCCUAGAUGGACGGAGCCCUGAGAAGUCUCUCAUUCUGAUUAUUAAGGCUGUGUGAGGGGGAUGAGCUGCUGAGUUUUGAAAGCCGGCAUCGUAAGGCAUCUUAACCUAGCUCACAGCUGGUAUUGCUUCUUGAGAACACGAUCCUGUCUUGUGGCUGUCGCUUGCAAGAAAGGGACCGGGCAGGCAGGACGCUGUCCCCUUUCUGCUUGAAGAACGUUUGUCACAUUUUUCUCUAUUUCUUAAAAAAAGUGGGGGAGAUGGGAGGGAGAGAAAAAAAGAGAAUAGCUCAAAUCUUUUGCAACCACAAAAACCACUCAAAGCAAUUUUAAUUUAUUUUUAAAUGCUCACUUGCAAAGGUUUCCCUUCCCUAUGUAGUGGUAGAGAGUACUCUCUCCCCACGCAGUUCUGCCUGGGUCACUGGAAAGCAGCUCAGGGAUUCACCAACGGUCAGAGCUGUUAAAAACUGCCUGACUAGCACCGGGAGACCUCAGGUCAUCUGCAGGCUUGUUGCUGUCACCUUGUAGAACAGAACGGGAGUGUGUUUUCUUCUAGGGAUUCCAAAACCUGCCUGUCAGAACCAGGGUGCCCUACUGUUUCUGGUUUUGCCUUAGAAACACAUCUGUCCCAGAGGCGGACACCUGGGGCACGAGGAGCUGCCAGGUGCACGGCCCUCAGAGUUAAAUAAAUACACUUUAGAUAUUUUUGAAAUGUAGAUGCUAUAUUUCAGGGGUUUUGUUUUGUUUUGUUUUGUUUUUAAGGAAAUGGGUAACUGAAGGAGUGGGUGUAAGGAAAGAUGAAGGUUUUGGAGGACUUAGCACAGUAUUUGGAACUUCUGCUUUUUAAAGACCUCAGUUGAAAUACUGGUGCUUAACACCCAAGGAGGCAAAGGUUGUAUCCACUGGCCAUAGGACCCUUGGCCAUCUGUUGUGUGGGAACCAACCAUGCCACUAUUCAGAUGAUUUUAAAGAGUUGGCCAGAUGCGUUGCUGACAAUAUCGGCACUUACAUGAAAUAAAUGCAAAUUCAACAGCUUUAGCUCCAGGCUUUUACGAUUCUACCUUGUCACUAGAAGGAAGGAGACAUUCCUGUUCUAGGCUUCCCCUAAGCCCCUCUGGGGACCUGUGGGACCUUGUACUGGCUGAGGUCCCCAAGUGUGCCCGCUCAUUUUUAGAGUCGGAUUCCUUCUUCGGUGCUUCUAUGUUUGAAUCCCUCCGUGGGUAAAACGCCCUAUCCCGACAGCAUGAAGACCACAGAUUCCCACUGUGAAACAUGCAAGGGGAGAAAUGGGCUGAUAUACCUCUGUCAUUUUGUCUGAGGGAUGUGAAUCCUUGUUUGGGGAGAUGGGGGCCCACGGCAGUGGAUACACAAAUGCCCACUGGCUGUGUGGCCAUUGGCCAACAAUCCUUUUAUCCAGAAGCUCCCCAGGUGCCUGGGCCAUGACACAGACUGAGAAAUGGAAGGGAUGGAGCAUGGGAGAGGUAGGCUCUGCCAUGUACAGACUCCUCCAACAGUGUCCCUGGGCUGGGCAGGGGCAUACCAGGCACCGUUCUGUCCCUGAGCUGCCGAGCAGCAGAAUGGCCAGGGCGAUAGGGAAAGCGAGACAGCUUCACUUGGCAGCGAGCUCUAAGACAAUGGAGACUUUUGUCCAAAUAGAAUUUCCCAUACUUCAAUAAUUCUAGGAUGCACUUAGAAAAACUGUAUUCAGAACAAACCCACUCCGUCCCGUCCCCUCCCUCCAAGGUGGAUCAUUGAAGGGGAGGAUGCAGCCCACUAUGCCCCUUCCUGAAUUUCAGGGAUGCUCCCUGCUCUUUGCUCUUGUUCAUUUGCACAGUGAUGCAGAGCAAGCCCCGCCCCAGAAUCUGAGGAGUGUAUAAAGCAAAGGUGGGGCAAUUAUCCGAAAAUGCCUUGAGAGUGGCGGACCCGGUGGGGCUUUUUGUAGGGUGCACCCACCGCUGCUCAACACUGUGGCUGGUGUCCCUUUGGUUCACCCUCAUGCCUGAUUAUCAUAACCGUGAUAUCUGGUGCUACACAGCCGCAUGGUGUUUUCUGGGCAGCAUAAAGUGAGUGACUCAAGUGGGUUUCUUCUUAAGGACAGGAGAGAUGCAGGCUAACACCCUCCCUGUGAUUAGGCAAAAAGGUGGAAUAAAAAGUUAAACACGUAUGCGAACGUGUUUAUGUACAUAGUAUAGGAAGAACUAAGUUGGAAAUGAAUCUCUCUCCCUGAAACACACACGUGCGUGUUGCUAUUCUUACGUUCCAUUCAGGAGCCCCUGUUUGAACACAUCCUGAUAGGACCUGGAGUUUUAUCACCGAAAAACCUUUGGAGAAUAUGGACGUGAUCACUAGCUAAUUUUAUUCCAGCCCUCUUUCCCACAAAUAUUCCUGUGAAAACUAAGAGAACAGAGGCAAGAUUUGACCUAAAAAAUGUACUACAUUCAAAAUAAUGCAGUUUUUAAAAGCAAAUAUAGGACAGCCUUUUCCUAUUAUUUUUCUCCUUAGCUUCUCCAUUGUCUGAAUCAGGAAAACAGGAAAGCAUGGCUUUCUAGCAGCUGCAAAAUGGUGUAAUGUCCUCUCCAUAUUUCCAUCACCUUAAACAAUAGAUUUAGCAUGGGAAUCUGAGAUAUGAUCCCUGAAAACAUCUAUCCCUAUCUGCUGCAAAACCUACUGCUAUGUCUGUGUGGUUUGUGGUGUUUGUCAACCAAAAAAAAAAAAAAAGCUGAUAAUCAAAAUUCUCCAUGUAUUCUAUAAUCAAAUACCAUAUUCUGUUCCAGAUUCCUGAAACUAAUGCUCACUGAAGUGCUGUAAAAAAAAUGAAUUGUGUUUUGACCUGUUCUCGGAGAUCAUGCCCAUCUGUUUUAGGAAGAAACUCUGGAAAUUCUGUCUUACAUUGUUCCCCUUAUCUGCAAGGGGGCAAGCAUUUCCUUUCUGCACAUUUUGCCCACCGUUCUUCCAGGCUGGGUACUUUACUCAUAUUUGGCUGAAGCUUGAAUUAGGUCAUUCACAAGGCCUUGUUUUGUGAUACUUGAUGUGACUGUAAAUGUCAAUCAUCACUGCACGAGAGCUAGAUGAGAAUGUAAGUAUUUUUAAAUCUGUGGAUUUGAAAGGUGGUCCACUAAUUCUGCCAUUGUGGGAUUUCUCUGUAGGGCUUCUUUCUGUCCUGGGCACAACUGUUUCCCAGGGCGGGGAGGACAGGCUUGGCCGCUGCAUCGGCCUUACGACUCUGAGAAACCAAGAGGCAUCUCAGGUCCGCCUCAAUGAGUAGCCUGCUUGUUGUCCUUUGUGUUUUAUGUCACAUGCCUAACCUAAUAAACUCUGGAAUGCA